AUGUUGUAUUUCAGGCAUAGUAGCGAUGUUUUACCAUUAGUAUCAUAUACACCAUUACAGAUUUCAUCUUCAACUACAUCAGAAUCAACAAUUUUUGAGCAAGUCUACGGUGGUCAUCGACGUCGACCAGCAAUGAUUAGUUUAAAUGUUCAAUGGGUACCUGUUAGUGAUCGUUCAGGUACUUAUCAAUGGAGUGGAAAUGAUGUUAACAAUCGAAAAGUAAAGACAGUAACGUUUUUUGGUACUGGUGAAAUGCGUGGACAAAAGCAAUCCCAAGCUAUUACACCACCACGUUCUGAUUAUACAGAUGCAUAUCUAUCAGCUUUUGCUCCGAAACCAAUAUCAACUAAACAUGUACAUCGAUUAAGUACUGCUGUAUUUGCUAAUGCUGCACCAAUUCCACUCAAACCAAUUACUCCAUCUUUAUCUACAAAUGAUUCUAUGAAAACGAGUCACACUCGUUUUAUUAAUAUUAAUAAUAUUCAACCAUCGAAACCAUUCGAUAAACCCACACCCUCUUCGUCUAGUCAAAGUUCAACUUAUUCAUCAAGUUUUAUUUCAGACAGAUCAACUAAAUAUGAACCAUUUUCAAGUACACAAUAUUCUUCACCUCAAUCUCAAACAUUUGCUUCGAGUUAUUCAACAUUAAUUCAUACUCCAAUGUCAACUGUUACAACCACUCCAAGUCCAAGUGUUGAUAAUCAACGAUCUUAUGCAACUGUUCAACCUCAUUUUCAACCACUCCUAUCCACAUUACCAAUUGUUUCUCAAUCUAAAACAUCCUAUGGAAAUAUAUACAAACCUAUACCAGCUUAUUCGUACGAAUCUUAUCCACCGUCAAAUACCUAUACAACAUCUUUAUCAUCAUCAUCGACACAAUCAACAUACAAACCACAAGUGCCAUUUCAGUCUGUUCCAUUACCAUCUAGUUAUAACAUUAAUCAAAGUAAUAUUAGAGAACCACUAUUUCAAUCAACUACGAAAAUGGAAACACAAAUUGAUCGUCCUGAAACAUUUGUAGUUCAACAUGACGAAGAUAGUCGAUCAUCAAGAAUCGAAAAACCAUUGCCAAUUAUUAAUCCUCCACCUCAAUCUCCUAUCACACGUGAAGAACUUAAAAUUGAACCUGAACGUUUACAUAUGGAAGAAUUAACAGAGAUUUCUUCAGAACCUAUUCGAACUCUUGAAAAUACUCUUGACAAAUACGAUUCAUUAAUCAAUCAAAUUUCAGAAGUCCUUGCUAGUGUGUCACCAUUGAGUUCUAAAGUGAGCAGCAUGACUGCAGGAAAAAGUGUACACGACUCUCAAACUUUUUCUGACAGUUCAUCAGUUUUACCAGUUACACGUACUCAAAUCCAACCAUCGGAAUCAUCAACGACUACAAUGGUUACAAUGAGUACAACAGACCAACCAAAACCAAGUCAUCUCAUUCGUCGAGAUUCAUAUGAUAAAAUUGUUACUGUUAUAAAGGAUAUUGAUAAAGAAAUAUUUUCAUCUGAUACUCCACUCUCAUCAGCUACUAUUAAAGAAGAAAAAGAAGAAGCAAAACCUUCAUUAGUACACGAACAGCAACUCUCACCAAUCGUUGAAAAAGAAGACAAAGAGGCAAAAAUUGCAACGACAGAAGAACAACAAGUUUCAUCAGUUUUGACGGAACAGAAGGAAGAUCAAGCAAAAGCUUUAUCAACUGAUGAACAACAAACUUCGUCAGUAACGCAAGAAGAGAAACAAUAUACGAAAAUUUUACUAGUAGAUGAACAGCAAGCCCUACCAAUUAUAGAACAACAAGACAAAGAAACAAAAAUUUCAUCUACAGAAGAACAACAGAUUUCAUCAAUAUCGACAGAACAGAAGAAAGAUGAAGUCAAAACUUUAUCCACAGAGGAACAACAAGCUCCAUCAGUAACGGAAGAAGAAAAGCGAGAAGAAACGAAAACUAUAUCAACUGAUGACCAUCAAAUUCCAUCCGCAAUUCAAGAAGAGAAACAAGAAGCGAAGGUUUCAUUAGUAGACGAACAACAAAUCUCAGCAAUCACUGAAAAAGAAGACCAAGAAAUAAAAGCUGCAUCUACAGAAGAAUAUCAGGCUCCGUCAUUAACAGCAGAAGAGAAACUAGAAGAAACAAAAACUCUAUCUGUCGAUGAACAUCAAAUUUUAUCGACAAUUCAAGAAGAAAAAGAAGAAACGAAACCUUUAUCAGUAGACGAACAGCAAGUCCUACCGAUCAAUGAAGAACGAGAUGAAGAAACAAAAACUGUAUCUACAGAAGAACGUCAAGUUUCGUCAAUAUCGACGGAGCAGAAGGAAGACGAAACAAAAGCUUUAUCCACAGAUGAACAGCAAGCUCCAACAGUAACGAAAGAAACAAAAACUUUAUCUAUUGAUGAACAACAAAAUCUAUUGACAACUCAGGAAGAAAAACCAGAAACAAAGGCUUCAUUAGUACAUGAACAGCAAGCCCUACCAAUUAUGGAACAACGAGAAGAAGAAAAACAAGUUACAUCUACAGAAGAACAACAGGUUUCAUCAGUUUUGACGGAACAGAAGGAAGAAGAAGCCAAAACUUUAUCCACAGAUGAACAACAAGCUCCGUCAGUAACAGAACAAGAGAAGGGAGAAGAAACAAAGACUGUAUCUGUAGAUGAACAUAUUACUCCGUCAAUAACAGCAGACGAGAAGAUAGAGGAAACGAAAACGUCAUCCGUAGAUGACCAUCAAGUUCCGUCAACAACUCAGGAAGAAAAAGAAGAAGGAAAAAGUUUAUUAGUAGGUGAACAGCAAGUUUCACUAGCCACUGAAAAAGAAGACGAAGAAAGAAAAACUGCAUCUACAGAAGAAUAUCAGGUUCCGUCGAUAUCGACGGAGUGGAAGGAAGACGAAGCAAAAGUUUUAUCCACAGAGCAACAACAAGUUCCAUCAGUAACGGAAGAAGAGAAGCAAGAAGAAACGAAAAUAUCGUCUACCGAUGAACAACAAAUUCAGGCAAUAACUGAAGAAGAGAAAACGAAAGAACCAACGACUAUAUCGGUUGAUGAACAUCCAAGUACAGCAUUAAUUGAAGAGAAGGCAGAAGAACCGAAGGUUUCUACUUCAGAGGAGCGUCAGUUUCCAUCGGUAAGUGUCGAAGACAGAGUGGAAACAGUAACCACAUCGACAGAAACACAUCAAGUUUCAUCGACGACCGAAAAAGAAAAGGAAGAACCAAGCCCUCAUUUAUCAGAUGAACAUCAAAUUCAAUGGCCAGUUCAAGAAGAAACAAAAGUCCCUAUCUCAACAGAACAAGAAGCACCAAUAAUAUCUGACGAAUUACAAGCUAUGUCGGUUGCACCAUCGUCAGAUAUUGCUGUAAGUGAAAUAGCUCAAUCCAGUCAGCAAACAGUUUUACAAGAAAAUAUAGCGCAUGAUGUGUUCGCAGAAAGAGAAACAAGUAAAACUAUCACUGAUUUAGAAUCAACAAAAAGACCCGGGAAACGCGUUACAUGGGACGAAACCGUUGUGGAUAAUGAAGAUGCCGAAAACUCAUCACUCGAAAGUGUCACAGAAGAAACUAGUACUACUGAAACUUCAAUCACAACAAAACCUGAAGAGGAUAGCACAGCUGCAACUAUUGACAACGAAUAUGUGAUUAUACCUAAAUCAGAAAUUAGUGUCGACCAACAAAUAAUACCUUCAGAUGUUAUCAAAUCACAGAUUACUUCUGAUGUGGACUUCAGUGAUUUACAGAUCAUUUCUACUGAACAACAGGUUAGUACAUCAACCUAUUCAGAUGAUCAAACAAGUCUACAAGCAGCUACUAGUGAACAAAUCCAUCCAAUUGAUAUUCCUGAAAAGCAAAUUAUCUUAUUCGAUUCUACUGAACGACAAACAGAAUCUUUUAGUCCUCUUGAACCAUCGUCAACUUUCUCAGAAUCUACUGAUAAAGAAAUUACUUCUUCAGAUUUGACGAAAUUAUCAUUGGGUAUUAAUGAACAACAAAUCCGUCCAACAAGUCCACUUGACAGUCAAUCAGUAUCGCUUACUGAUUCUUCAAAAGAAGAUACGCUUACUGUUGAUGAAAUAUCAACAACAACCUCAGAUAUUAUUAGUAGUGAAGAUGUCAGUAAACAUGAGGAAGAAUUAGAACCUACGAAAACAGAACCAAAAGAAGAAAUGACAAUUGAUUUACAUAAAAUUGAAACUUCUUCACAAAUUGCAGAAAAUAUACCACGUGAAUCUGAAACAUCAACUAUUGAAAGCACAACUAUAUCAUUACAACCAACAAUUAUAAGUCCGAUUGAUACACUUUCAGAUAUAAUCGCUAAUCGCUAUAUCAGCAGCGAUGUAUAUCAUGGUUGUUUGGGUGAACAAAAACAGUUUUUACAAGAUAUAUCCGAUAUAGAUAAAGAUUAUACUUCAAAAUCACUUCUGACUUCUCUUCGUGAAACUAUCACAACACCUACUGAAAUAAUUCAAAAUGAAGUACCAAUGAGUCUAUCAUCAAUAGAUACACAUAUACAAGAAGAACAAGGUGUUCAACAAGAAAAACUUGAAAGUCAAUUAUUAGAAGGUAGUGUUCCAGUGGAUACUAUACAUGAUCAAACCAUAGCCGAUCUUACAAAGCCACACGAUACUGUUGUGACUGACAGUUCAGUUUCAACUGUAUUAGAUACUACUAGUGCUACCACUGAACAAGUAAGUGAACAAAAAGAAAAACAAGAAACAAUAUCUCCAGAAUCUACACCAUCUGAAAUUCCGGAAUCUACUUCUGCUGUUCAAAAGACAGAGGAAACAACAACAAUCGAACGUGUUGAAUUUACUCCAGUUACUCAACAUGAUGAACAAAUAUCAACAUCUAGUCCUGUAACAAGAGAACAAAGAGAUAUUUCUGAUAAACAAGAAAUGAUUUUAACCGAACCUCCAUCCACCGAUAUAUCACCUAUCCUAUCGGUUGAUCAAAAGACAGAAGAACUACCAGCAAGAGAAGACCAUACAAUCGAGAACUUGACAUCGACUUCCGUUACUCAACAUGAUGAAUCCACACCCAUAUCUACUAUUAUUCCAUCUGAACAAAUUCAUAUUGACGAUAAACUAGAAGCAAUACAUCCUGGAAUACCUGAAAUUAAACCUAUUGAUCAACUGACAGAAGAAAUACGAUUAACGGAAGAGAAAACUAGUGCAAGUAGUUCAUCUCUAACAAAAAUUGAUCAUGAUGAACAAGUUCCUCUAUCUACUUCUACUCCCUCUGAACAAUUAGAUGUUAUAACUAAACAAGAAAUAGUUGAACCUGAAAUAACAACAUCUGAAAAAUCAAGUGUAAUAACUACUGAACAAAUUCCUGAUGCAAAUGUACCAACAGAAACAAAAACGACUUUUGAAGUUCUUCGUGACGUUAUUACACAUCCAAUAGCAACAAUUACUGAGAAAAUUCAAAGUGUUAUAUCUACUUCACCCAGCGAACAAACUGAACAAGCCCCAUCCGAUGCUACACAACCUUCUACUAGUACAUCAGAAGAAGUAGAAACUUUGAAAGAGCAACAAGUUAUUGAAACAGAAAAUCUUUCUACCAUUGAACAAAAGGAUGAGGCUAUAACUAAAAUUCAAAGUGUUAUAUCUACUUCACCCAGCGAAGAAGCAACGUCCGAUACUACAAAACCUUCUACUAGUACAUCAGAAGAAGUAGAAACUUUGAAAGAGCAACAAGUUAUUGAAACAGAAACUUUGCCUACCACCGAGCAAAAAGUUGAGACUACUGAAACAAAAACUACUCUCGAAAAUAUACGUGAUAUUAUCACACAUCCAAUAGCAACAAUAACUGAGAAGAUUCAAAAUGUUAUUACUUCUUCAACUACUGAAGAAGUUACAAUAUCCGAACAACAGCCUUCAACAAUUCCUAUUGAUCAAAGUAAAUCUGAAGAUAUUAGAUCAACAACAGCGGAAUCAAAUAUUGACAUGACUCAAAAUAUUGUACCAAACACCAUUGAUCAAACUUCUUUACAUCAAGAAAAAGAACAAAUAUUAACAAAUCAAUCAUUGGAAUCAUAUUUACAAGAUCAAAUUCCAGGUCAACCAGAUAUAACUUCAACAACAAUAUCUUCUCAAAUUUCUGAUAAUGAAAAACCAAUACAAAAAAUUGAAUACGAAUAUGAACGUCCUAUAAAUGAAGAUGUUCAAGACUUAGCUUCACUUAAAACUGAUGUAUCAACUAUUGAUGAAACUACUUCUGAAACAUAUGAUCUUCUUACUAAUAUUGUUCAUAAUUUAAUCAGGGAUAUAAUUAAUACUGUCAUAUAUCGUUUAAAUCAAAUCUCAAUUGAUAAUGAACAACUUGAUAAAGAAAUGUUUUCUUCUGAUAGUAGUCUUACUAGUUCAAUAACAGUUAUAAAUGUUGAAGAUAAAUCUGAAAUUAGUCAAUCAACAAUAAAUCAAGAAACAUUAAAAAAUGAAGAAGAUAUUAUUGAUAAUAAAAUGUUAACAUCUGAUAUAACUUGGGCAAAUCUACUAGGUGAAAAACCUUCCGAUGAUGAAAAAAUGAAUCAAUCAUUUGAACAAAUUAAAGAAUUACUCGAAGAAAUUGUUCAAUCAUCGGAUGGUAUAACGGUUGAAAUCGUAGAUCAAAAAACAACAAUUACACUUCCAAAUCAAACACAAUUAUCACCAACUAUUGAAAAUACAAUUCACCAAACAACAAUUAUACCUCAAACUGAUGAUAUCAUACAACGAUCAAGUCAUGACAUUGGAUCAGAUUCAAUAUUACCAAUUACAGAAAUUGAAAAUGUCUCAUCAAAAUUAUCAACUGAAUUUCGUGAAUCAUCACCAACAAAUAUUGAAGAUGAUUCACUUGAAUUAAUUCAUGCAUUACAAGGACAUAAAAAAGUUGAUACACAAACUUCUCAAGGACCAGAAAAAUCUUCAAGUUCAACAACAUCAUCACAAGUAACAAGUUCAGAUCGAUAUGUUUCAUAUGCCAUACAUGAAAUGGGUGAUUCAUCACAAGAACGUUUGCCAGCUUUUCCUGUAGCAGCUGAUAUUCCUAUCUAUGAAUUAGUCAAAACAUCACCUGAUGAAAAUAAAGAACAACAAAAAUUAUCCGAACCAAUUGUUAAUAUCAAUCAAAAUAUAACAAAAGAUGAUGAUCUAACUGAAUUGGAUGCAACAGAAAAUUUAAAUUAUUCCGAUGAUGUACUUUUACAAAAACUUUAUACUUCAGCUCCAAAUCGACAAGAAAAUUUAGAUGCUAGUAGUACAGAUGAAGAUGUUGAUGAUGAAAAUUUUAGUGAAUUUGAACAACAUGAUAUAUCAAAUCUUCAUCGUAUUGUAAAUGAAGUAAUCCAACACAAUGAUAAUUUAUCGCAAGAAUAUGGACCAACUUUUCAACGUUAUGAUGUUUCAAGUAAUAGUUCAACAUCAACAAAAUUACAAUCAGAUGAUGUUUAUAUCAUACCAGGAUAUGCUGGUUUAUGGAAACCAUCACCUGAUGUUAACGAUAGUAGACAUUCACCAUUAACUCAUGAUGAAGAUGAUAAACAACAAUCUGCUAUAACUACAGUUAAAACUCGAACAAUUGUUCGAACAACAGAUCCUACUAAACUUCAAUCAUUUUUACAACAACAACAGCAGCAGCAGCAUCAAGAUACAAUAACUCAAGAUAUAUCACUUCGAUCAGAUACAUAUGAUAUAUUUAAUCGACCAUUAAAUGAAUUUCCAUUUGAUGUAUCAGAAUCGGAUAGUUUUAAAACUUGUGCAUCAACAAUAAAUUCAUCAUCAAUAUCAAAACAACAAAAACAAUCAGAUUUACAUAAUUUACCUAUAAUUGAACAAAAAGAACCUCGAACAAGUCCAGACGAAAAAAUAAUUCUUAUACGUGAACGUGAACGUGGUGUUUCAUUACCUGUUACUAUGAAAAUAGAUUAUGAUGAUAUGGCAUUACGUUUAUCAUCAUCGACACCAAUUGAUGCUAAAUUAUAUUCUACAACACAAACAGAUUUACCACCACCACCGCCAACACCACCAUCAUCAACCACAUUUAGUGAAUUAGCAGAAACCGCAACAUCAAGUAGUCGUGCAAGUACACAAUCAUUAAGUAGUAAUGAAAGUGAAAAACAAAAAAUUCCUUCACCAUCUUGGUUAAAUACAACUAAUACCACUAUAACAACCAUUGAAGGACCUGAUGGACCUCUUGAAUCUCGUACAACGAUUCAUAAAUCAGCUAAAGGACCAAUAUCUAUUGCUGAAUGUGAUGUACAAGGAAAAUAUAUUAUUAUUGAAAAUACAAGUCGUUCAAAAAGUAUGGUACUUACUGGUUGGAUUAUACGUCAAGAAAGUGAUAACGGAGAUAUUUUAACAUUUACACUUCCUGAUAAUUAUCUUUUAAGACCAAAUCAUUCAUUAAAAAUUCUUACUAAACCAAAUGAAUCAGAAAGAAAAAAUCAUGAUCUUAUUGCUUCGUCACUGUCUUCAUGGCAUACAGGUUUAAAUUUUGUUACAACAUUGAUCAAUGCCGAAGGCAAGGAUCGUGCUUCAUUAACCAAAAAGACAAUAUUCUCUUGA